AUAUUGUACGGUGUGUAUACACUAGAUAAGUCACUAAUUUGUGCAUUAUACAGUUGUAAUAAAUAAUAAUCAUAUUACUCAUCACGUUCAUAUUACUUGUGUGGCUGAGUUUUCGAAUUUCGUGAUCGUUUAAUUCUCCAUGUAGACGUUUUUGUAGAUCAUAUUAUAUUAUAGAAAUAAACAAUUUUGUAUAUAAAUUUGUAGAGUGGUCUAGAGGAUAAUUUUUGAAGAGCAUUAUGUGGAAGUCGUCCGCUGGAGUUAACGUUGAGAUACCUGUCGAAAACGCGGAUGAUGACUGGGAGACAGAUCCAGAUUUUGUGAACGACGUGAGCGAAGAAGAGCAAAGAUGGGGCUCUCGCACCGUUCCCGGUUCUGGACGUGUAUUGGAUCAUGUCGACAUGAGUCAACUACGUGAAGAAGUGACUAAAGCUCACGAAGUUCUCAAGAAAAAAGAAAUGGAAGAAGGGCCUCAAGCAGCAUUUGGAUAUGGUGGAAAAUUUGGUGUGCAAUCUGACAGAAUGGAUAAAUCUGCUGUUGGACAUGACUAUAUUGCACCUCACUUUAAGCAUGCCUCACAGACUGACUAUAGUUCUGGUUUUGGUGGUAAAUAUGGUGUUCAAUCAGAUCGAAUCGACAAGAGUGCUGUGAGUUGGAGUCAUAAAGAAAAAGUGGAAAAACAUGGAUCUCAGAAAGAUUAUAGUUCUGGUUUUGGUGGAAAGUUUGGCGUGCAAGCUGAUCGACAGGAUAAGAGUGCUGUUGGUUGGGAUUAUGUGGAAAAAUUACAAAAGCAUGAGUCUCAAAAAGAUUACGCUGUGGGUUUUGGUGGAAAAUUUGGUGUACAGUCAGAUCGUCAAGAUAAGUCUGCUGUUGGGUGGGAUAGUGUAGAAACUGUUGAAAAACAUCAAAGUCAAAUAGACCAUAGUAAAGGUUUUGGAGGAAAGUUUGGCAUUCAAAAUGAUAGAAUAGAUAAAUCUGCUCAUAAUUAUAAUGAAAGUUCUGGUGAGGUUGGGACAAAUUAUCAAAAACAGAAACCAGAAAUAACAAGUAUUAAACCAUCAAGUCUUAGAGCAAAAUUUGAAAAUAUGGCUAAGCAAGAAGAAGAAGAAAAUGAAAAACGGCGUUUAUUAGAACAAGAAAAAAGAAAACAAAGAGAAUUACAAGAAAAAAAAGAAGCUCGUGAGAGAGAAGAAAAGCGUUUGAAAGAAUUACAAGAAAAAGAAGAACAGAAACAAAAGCUUCUUGAUGGUCCGGAACAAUUUAACAAAAACACUCCAAUUACAAAAAUUGAUUCUGAUGAAGAAGAGCUACCCAUAGCUAGUGAAUCUAUUCGUCCUCCUGUUGUUGUUGGUGCAACAAUUCAAUCAUCCGUGAAAAAUGAUGAGGAAGCAUUAAAAAGAAUUGCUGCAGACGAAGAAGAACGUAAACAAAAAGAAGAACAAUCUAGAAUUGAAAAAGAAAAUAUUUUACUAAAACAGAAGCAGAAGGAGGAAGACAAAAUAAAUGAAGAAAUAAAGAGAGAACAUGAGAGGAUAAAAUUGGAGGAAGAACAGCAAAAAAUUAAUGAAGAAUUGUUAAAGAAAGAGAAUGAGAGGAAAAAAAUGGAAGAUUUGGCUAGAGUUGAAUUAAAAAAUAAAGAAGAACAAGAAAAAAUUAUUGAAGAUAAGAAAAAAUCUGAAGAAGUGACAAGAAAAAAAUUAGAAGAAGAAGCAAUCAAAAAAAAACUAGAAGAAGAGUCAACAAAGAAAAAACUGGAAGAAGAGAUGACUAAGAAAAAACUAGAAGAAGAGUUAACAAAGAAAAAACUAGAAGAAGAGAUAACCAAGCUUAAAUUGGAAGAAGAGGCUAAGAAAAAAGAAGAGCAAAAUAGACUUGAAGAAGAAAGGCAGUUAGAGGAACAAAAACUGCAUGAGCAACUUAAGAAUGGAGCAGUAUCUGAAGAAGAUCCAGAAGGUGGAUAUAUUGCUGUGGCUUUAUAUGAUUAUCAAGCAUCGGCUGAUGAUGAAAUAAGUUUUGAUCCUGAUGAUAUUGUGACAAACAUUGAAAUGAUCGACAAAGGUUGGUGGAGAGGAUUAUGUAAAGGUCAAUAUGGUCUGUUUCCAGCCAAUUAUGUUGAAAUUAUUGAAUAAUAUAAAGUGCCAACUAAUUAUACUUAAGUGAUU